AUGCUCCCCCGAUCGCGAGCCUCUGGGCGGCUCAUCCUCGAGCGCUCAGCGGCGCAUCCCGCCCGCACGCUGGCCGAUUCGAUCCCCCGAGCCUGGACACUGAGCUCGGCUCUGCGCGCCACACACAUCGCCGGCCGUCGGUAUCCCGGACCGCGUCCGCGGGUGCAGACGGCAGCCUUGUCGACGAGCGCACGGCUAGGCAAGGAAAAGGACAAGGGUAGCAACUUUUUUGACUCUGCCGUUGAGCCGCAGUCAAAAGAAGAGGACGAGGCAAAGGCAAAGGCCAAGCUUGAGAACGCCAAGGAGGAGUCCAAAGCUGCUACUGCCGACUCAACAGCCUCGGCUGCAAAGAGUGAGGGCGGAAAGUCGGAAGACGGGAAGCCCAGUGGUGCUGCCGGAAGCGCUGCCGGUGCCGGGUCGGGCGCAGGCGGCGACGGCUCCAGCGGUGAUGGCGGGAAGCGAGGGCGCAAGUCUGCCGAGAGGGCGUUGUCCAAGCCCGUCAUCCCAGAGGUGUACCCGCAGGUCCUUGCGAUCCCCAUUGCCCGGCGGCCGCUGUUUCCGGGCUUCUACAAGGCCAUUACGAUUAAGGAUCCCAAUGUCGCGACUGCCAUCACCGAGUCCAUUAAGCGUGGCCAGCCGUAUGUCGGAGCUUUCCUCUUCAAGGACGAGAACGAGGACGACGACGUUAUUCGAAACGUAAACGACGUGUACGAUGUUGGUGUCUUUGCGCAAAUCACGAGCGCGUUCCCCAUUCACGGACAGGAGGGUGCGUUGACGGCGAUUCUAUACCCUCACCGGAGAAUCAAGCUGUCCAGUCUGGUUGCGCCUGGAGGGCAGGACGCCGACAAGGCCGAAUCCAAGACGGAGCCCGAGCCCGAGCCGAUACCGCAGAAGACCGAGGAGGAUACACAAGAAAAGAAGGGCGAUGUGGUGGCGAGCUUCGAGGAGAGCGCCGUGGAGAAGAAGUCGGAGCAGGCGGUAGACAAGUACGAGCCCACGUCGUUCCUCAAGAGAUACCCCGUCAGCCUGGUCAACGUGGAGAACCUGGCGGACGAGCCCUACGACCCCAAGAGCCCCGUCAUCCGCGCCAUCACCAACGAGAUUGUCAAUGUCUUCAAGGAGGUGGCCACGAUGAACAACCUUUUCCGCGACCAGAUUUCUACCUUUUCCAUGAGCCAGUCUACGGGGAACGUCACCUCGGAGCCGGCUAAGCUUGCCGACUUUGCCGCUGCCGUUUCUUCUGGCGAGCAGAACGAGCUGCAAGAGGUCCUGGCUUGCAUGAACAUUGAGGAGAGGAUGCAAAAGGCUCUGGUCGUGCUGAAGAAGGAGCUCAUGAACGCGCAGCUGCAGUCCAAGAUUACCAAGGACGUCGAGAAUAAGAUUAGCAAACGCCAGCGGGAAUACUGGCUCAUGGAGCAGAUGAAGGGCAUCCGUCGGGAGCUCGGCCUGGAAUCCGACGGCAAGGACAAGCUCGUGGAGAAGUUCAAGGAGAAGGCUGCCAAGCUGGCCAUGCCUGAACCCGUGCGCAAGGUGUUUGAUGAGGAGAUCAACAAGCUGGCGCAUCUGGAGACGGCGGCCUCGGAGUUUAACGUUACACGGAACUACCUCGACUGGCUUACGCAGAUUCCCUGGGGCCAGCGGAGCGCGGAAAACUUUGGCAUCCCGAACGCUGUCAAGGUUCUUGAUGAGGAUCACUACGGCUUGCAGGACGUCAAGGACCGAAUUCUCGAGUUUAUCGCUGUCGGCAAGCUGCGGGGCUCCGUCGAGGGCAAGAUUCUCUGCUUCGUUGGGCCUCCCGGCGUCGGCAAGACGAGUAUCGGAAAGUCGAUUGCUCGCGCGCUCAACCGAGAGUACUAUCGUUUCAGUGUUGGAGGUCUGACCGAUGUCGCGGAGAUCAAGGGCCACCGAAGGACGUAUGUGGGCGCUCUGCCCGGUCGGAUCAUCCAGGCACUGAAGAAGUGCCAGACGGAGAAUCCCCUCAUCCUGAUUGACGAAAUCGACAAGAUUGGGCGAGGCUACCAGGGAGACCCCUCAUCGGCUCUGCUGGAGUUGCUGGACCCUGAACAGAACAGCUCGUUCCUGGAUCACUACAUGGACGUGCCGGUUGAUCUGUCAAAGGUCUUGUUCGUCUGCACGGCCAACAUGACGGAUACCAUCCCUAGACCUCUGCUGGAUCGCAUGGAGCUCAUCACGCUGUCUGGAUACGUCGCAGACGAGAAGAAGGCCAUUGCGAACCGGUACCUCGCUCCGGCUGCCAAGGAGGCUGCCGGUCUGAAGGAUGCGGACGUCCAGCUGACGGAUGAAGCCAUCGAAGAGCUCAUCAAGUCGUACUGCCGCGAGUCUGGUGUCCGAAACCUGAAGAAGCAGAUUGAAAAGGUCUACCGCAAGUCCGCCUUGAAGAUUGUCCAGGAGCUUGGAGAGGAUGCCUUGCCCGAAGAAGAGGCUCUGACGGAGGAAGGCAAAGCUGCGGCGGAAAAGGCCAAGGAGUCUGCUGCAGAGACUGAGGAGGGUACCGAGAAAAAGACUGCUACUGAAGCCAGCGAAGACGAAACCACAGAGAAGCCACGCAAGGCGCUGAAAGUGCCGGAAAGCGUCCACGUCACCAUCGGCAAGGACAACCUGACAGACUACAUUGGACCGCCCGUAUUCACGUCGGAUCGCCUGUACGACGUGAGCCCGCCCGGCGUGUCCAUGGGCCUGGCCUGGACACAGAUGGGCGGCGCGGCCAUGUACAUUGAGUCGAUCCUGCAGGCACCGCUCCGGCCCAGCUCACGGCCCGGCCUGGAGAUUACGGGCAACCUCAAGAACGUGAUGAAGGAGUCGACGACGAUUGCCUACUCGUAUGCCAAGUCCUUCAUGGUCAACCGCUUCCCGGACAACCACUUCUUCGACAAGGCCAAGAUGCACCUGCACGUGCCCGACGGCGCCGUGUCCAAGGACGGCCCUUCUGCGGGCAUCACCAUGACGACGUCGCUGCUAUCGCUCGCGCUGGACACGCCCGUCGACCCGACGGUGGCCAUGACGGGCGAGAUUACGCUGACGGGCAAGACCAUUAAGGAAGGCAUCGAGGGCCACCCCGUGAGCUGGUACACUGAAGUCUUUGACCUUGUCUUCCCCAACAUUGACCAGGCAAAGGCCAACACGUGCAAGAUCUGCGAGUGGAAGGCUCAGCAGAAGAAGAAGGACAAGGACGAGGCCGCCGAGAACAAGGAAGAUGACGACUGA